AUGUCUGAUCCUGUUGAAUUUUCGUCGUCUCAAAAUCAUGAGGAUGCUGGAUUCUUCGGGUCCGUUGUGGGCGGCGCGUACCUGCUCCUUGCAAUUCCCGCAUGGCUCUGGCAUCUCUAUGUCGAGUACCUUUGGAACUGGGAUGAGCACCCUUGGAUCAUUAGUGCGGCCGCGACGUUCAAAUUAGUUGCCAUUCUUGUCAUUACACCCUUCGCCAUGCUCUCGAUGCUGGAUGUAGGAGCAUACGUCAUCGCGCGUACUCUUGGUGUUGUCGAGACUACUCGGGCCUCGACUUCAGACAUAAAACAUGCACCGGCUACUUACCCCGACAGUGACGGGUCUGAAUCAGAGAUGGUCCACGUCGAAACGCCACCCGUACGCGUGGACGAUGCAGAUGUUGCUGAUGCAACGGCACGCGACGUACGAAAUGUGUCCUCCGCGCCGGAGGUUGACGUUACUGCGGCAUCACCAUCUUCCGCACGGACCAGCCCGACCAAAUCCAGAUUGAAAUCACGCUUUGAUGUGGGCCUUACGAUCCCGAUCCCGCAGACUCGCUACACGCAUUUUGGGAAAGCGAUGCAGGGAGGUGACGGUCCGGAGGCAGAGGCCUGCUUUUUUAGUCCGUCAGACGAGCGUCAGCUCGAACUCUCCGGCGCUCUCCUGUCCUCUCCGACGCCAUCGCGACAGGCUUCACCUCCACACGAGCGCCGCCCGAGGGUGCAGCCCCUGAAUGUCGAACGGUUGCCGCUAUGCGAUGUUGCACCAAGUGCAAGCAGCGAUGCGAGCUCGACCGCGGACUCGGAGCCAUUUACUGUCUUGGACUCUUCUGAUCUGAAUAGAGACAUUGGCCCUGAGGGUGCUGAUUCACCUUCGAACACGAUGGAGAAUUUACGAAGAGGGGCAGGUCGCAACGAUGAUGGUAUGGAUGCAUUAUGA